UCUCUACAGCCUGGUAACUCCAGCACCGACCUAUCUCGCUCUGUUUUGUACACUGGACCAAUUGACCCCGCCCAGUGGGUGGGGCUUCGGAAGACAAACGGAAAACUGCUCGAUUACUUGAGGUAUAACCUGAUGAUGUUAGCGCUGUUAGCCUUCGAGGUGACCGUUUACAGACACCAGGAACUCUACCGUCUCCGCCGUAACAAAGUCCCGCCCCCCACCAGAACUCUGUUUCAUGAUAUAACCAGGCGUCACCUGGAUGACAGCAUUCCGAGCUGCAUUAAGUACUUCCUCAACUACUUCUUCUACAAGUUUGGACUAGAGACUUGCUUCCUGUUGGCCGUGAACGUGAUUGGUCAGCGAAUGGAUCUGUUUGCUGUAGGCCACGCCUUUGGCCUCAUCGCCAUCCUAUCACGUCGCAGCAGGAAACGCAUCACCUCAGUGUGGCCCAUGUACUGCUACUUCCUGUCAGGGCUGUUUUGUUUCCAGUACCUGCUGUGUAUCGGGUUCCCUCCUGCUGCCUGUAAAGAUUAUCCCUGGAGACCUCCGUCUUCCAACAUGGACUCCAAUGUAGUGAAGUGGCUCUUCCUCCCUGAUCACCUGACACCACCAAACCCACUCUUCCUCCUCUAUGAUUUCUUGCUCCUCCUCGGAGCCUCUCUGCAGCUGCAGGUGUUUGAGGAGGAGCUUCAGCCGUCCGUUCAGAUCCUCGCAGGAGACAACUGUGAGCUGGAUGGAGAAGACCAGCAGCUUACUGAUCCAAUCAGACAACUCCACCUCAACAACGUCCCUGACUUCAUGAUGUGCCGGUCUUACCUGGAUAUGAUGAAGGUGAUCAUCUUCAGCUACAUGUUCUGGUUUGUUCUCACCAUCAUCUUCAUUACCGGAACCACCAGGAUCAGUAUCUUCUGUAUGGGUUACCUGGUGGCGUGUUUCUACUUCCUGUUGGUGGGCGGAGACCUGCUGCUGAAACCAGUCAGAUCCAUCCUGGUGUAUUGGGACUGUCUGAUUGGCUACAACGUGUUCGUCAUCACCAUGAAGAAUAUUCUGUCGGUAAGAUACAUCAUCAUCAUCACCAUCACUCAUCCACCACUCAUCUCACACCAGUUCUCUACGUCCAUCCCGCCAUCCCAUCCACCCACCACCAUCUGCACCCUCCGCUCAGCCGCGCGCACAUCAAUACCAUCUCAUCCGUCGUCGUUGGUCUGUCCGUCGGUCGUCGUCCAUCCACUUCUGUGUAACUGUAGACAUUUACUCUUACUCAUCUAA